AUGGGUUUUACGCAACCUUUCCCUGUAACUUGUAUUAAUAUACUUUCCUCCCUCUUAUGCACCUCUAAAAGGAAACUCUGUCUUUCCACUGCAAAACUCAACCGAGACAAUGACCCAUUGCUCCUUUCUGCCACUGCUUCUGCUUCUCUUCGUUACCAUGAAUCUCUUCGACCAGAGCCUCUGUUUCUAGACCCAUAUGCUGGUUGUUUUGUCCCUGAUAAUACACCCGAGGAUGUGAUUCGGGACUUGCAUCCCUAUUGUCUUGCAACCAAGUUCAUUGAUGAUAAGCUGCUUCAUACAGUGAGUCUUAGUGAUGAACUAAAGCAGCUAGUUUUGUUGACUGAUGGCAUGGAUACACGCCCAUACAGACUCCAGUGGCCCAAUUCGACCAUAAUAUUUGACAUAUCCCCUGAAAGUGUAUUUAAAUUUGCAGCUGAGAAGCUUAAAGAUGCUGGGGCUAAGAUCCCCAAAGGUUGCAUAUUCUGGCAUAUUCCACAGGAGGCAUCUGAAUUGGAGAAGGCUAUUCAAUUAAAGGGCUAUCGUGGUAGUAGACCAAGCAUAUGGGUCCUACAGGGAUUUCCAAUGAUGACACUGGCAAAUUUUCAAGAGGUUUUGUCAAUGAUUAGCAGCUUGGCCAUGAAGGGAUCUCUUUUUGUGGGAGAACUUCCUGCCUGCUUAGCUGAGACAGAAACAGAAAUCAAGUCUCUUGCACAGUCCAAUACAAGGCAAUGGGUGGAUAAACUAUUCAUGAGCAAGGGAUUUCGGGUGGAAAUAAUCAACUAUGAAGGGGUUGCAGGGAGUUAUGGUAAAGAUUUUGCAACAGGGCACAACAAUAGAAUACUGUUUGUUGCAGAACAGUUGUUACAUUCUGAUGAUCAGAUGGAAUCAUGGAGACGAGAAUUCCAAAGGAUAGAGAAUGAAGGAGACGAAGACGGUUUUGAGGAGUUAUAG